UAUAUAUUGUAUAUUGUAUGUUUUUAAUUGUAUCGUAACAUCAGCAUAAAUGCUUAUGAUCUCAUCACCAACUGUAGGGUAGAUAUUAUUCUAUAAAACUUAAACGGUCACACUGUUCAACACAAGGUAAUCUACGGCAACUUUCGAGCAAUCAUGUUGGUUAAGCACAUUGUCAAGCAAGGGCUUCUGCUCAAGAAUGCUGGCGCCUUGUCGCGUGCCGCUUACCACGGUGGACAUGGUCCCCACUCCACCAUGAACGAUCUGCCCGUGCCCGCUGGAGACUGGAAGGAGCAGCACAGCCAGAAGAACGCCAAGUACAACGCCGCCCUCAUCACUGGCAUUCUCGUCCUGGCUGGCACCAUUGGAUUCGUGAAGUCUUCUGGUAUCAUCCACUUCAACUACUACGUGCCCAAGAGCCUGGACUAAGCCAGACAUCCCUUACGUGUAAACUAAUCCAACAUUUGUGUUAAAUAAGCUUAAAGUGGCGACAUAGUAAAUCACAGAUCCGAAAGUA